UGUUUUCAACCAAGAUGGUAAAGAAGCGAUGCUGAUCAUAGAGAAAAUGUCCUCCGUCUUAUCAAGUUAUGACAACACGUCUACUGAAAGCACUGCACGAGAAAUGGAAUUCUUAUAAGUACAGAUUCGUGCCAUGGAUAGCCGUUAACCUGCGCAAAAACGAGAGAACUCUCCGAAGAGUAAAGAAGCAUUCCCAGGACAAGUUGGUCCCAGACGAACACGUAGCCGCCACCUUGCUGUCCCUCUUCAGAGAUCUUUUCAAAAAUGACAUCGGAGGACAAAGGGAGGUGUUGCCCUUGCUUCCAGAGUCAUCUCGAACAGCAUACCAAGUCCCACAGAAUAGUGCGGAGUCACUUACAAAGUUAAACAGACAUUUGGACCCCUGUGAAGUUAUGUUCGAGACACUUGGGUUUUGCAUUGAGCGACGGCCAAGCUCACUCCGGGCAGCAGGUACCGGCGUAUUCGUUACCAUGGGAAUGGUACCGAAAGGAACGACUGUAGCCAUGUAUCCAGGCACGGUCUAUCAGACGCAUGAGCCUGUCUUUUUCCAGUCUCUGCGCAACCCUUUUGUGUUCAGGUGUAUCGACGGUGUGUUAAUUGAUGGUAAUGACAAAGGCAUUUCAAAAACCGUAUACAGGUCGUGCAGUGGUCGGGACAGGCUGGGUCCUUUCAGACUGAGUGACAUCACUUGGUUGAUGGCCAGUCCUCACAACCCACUGGCAGUGGGUCAGUACGUGAACAACUGCUCAAAUGAAAAGGCUGCAAAUGUAUGUUAUCAGGAGUUUGACGUCCCAGACAAAUUUCCAUUAGAACUUCGGCAGUACCUUCCGAAUGUAAAUUACAGGCACGACACAGACAAGCCGUUAAGAUGUGUGGUUCUUGUGGCCCUGAGAGAAAUAAACUCUGGAGAGGAACUCUUCUCAAACUACUUCACCAUUGUACAUUAGAACCCCGCAUGGUUUUCUAUGUUCUUAUAAAGGUUUAAUAAAAUGAAGAUAAUUA